AUGGCACAGAAAAGCACCAACCCCGCCCAGCAAUUCAACUUUGUGGCUCAGGAUAAUAUCUGGAAAUACCAUGUUGAAACUGAGUUUGAAGCUGCAAAGAAAUGGUCCAUCAAAUGGGGAUUUUUAACAACACCUUUUGAGGAGUUGAUAAAAGACGAAAAGAAAGAACCCACUAAGCCUAAGAUAGAGCUUCCAGAACAUUUACAAAUCCGACCUGUGACACCAGUGGAAAAAUAUAUUAAGGUCUACCCAUCUCCUCCAAUCCCUAAAACAACUCAAGGAUUUAUUGGCUGGAGAUCAUCUGUGCCAGGACUGGAACUUGAACGUUAUUAUCAGAUCAGUAGCUGCAAAGGUGCCUUUCACAAGGAUCUGAAGUGGCCUGAUGAACCCUCUGAUUGA